AUGAAUUCUCAUACAGAAACGAAUGCUUGUGAAUAUAACCAGUAUAAGAAACUUCUGAGUCAUAAGCAAGCUCUCACUCAACAUCAAGGAAUUCAUACUGGUGAGAAUCUCAAUUUAUUUUCUGAUUAUGUAAAAAUUUUCACCCAGAAGCCACACCUCUUCGGACAUCAAAGUAUUUAUACUGAAGAGAAACAGCAUGAAUACAGCAAAUGUGAGAUAGUCUUCACUCAGAAGCCCCAACUUGCUGUACCUCAGAAGGCUUCUAUAGGCAGGAAACCCUGUACACGCACUGAAUAUGAGAAGGACUUGUCCCUCAAGUCAAAUCAUGAGAAAACUCACACUGAGGAGAAUCACUGUAAAUGCAGUGGAUAUGGAAAAGCCUGUAUCCAGAAGUCAGAUCUGUUCAGAUGCCAGGGAAUUCAUAUUGGAGAAAAACCCUAUGAAUGUAGUGAAUGUGGGAAAAAUGUCUCUCAGAAUUCAAACCUCAAUGAACAUAAAAAAAUCCAUACUGGAGAGAAACACUUUGAAUGUACUGAAUGUGGAAAAGCCUUCACAAGGAAAUCAACUCUAAGUAUGCAUCAGAAAAUUCAUACAGGAGAAAAACCCUAUGUAUGUGCCGAAUGUGGGAAAGCCUUUAUCCGGAAGUCACAUUUUAUUACACAUGAGAGAAUUCAUACUGGAGAGAAACCUUAUGAAUGCAGGGACUGUGGAAAGUCCUUUAUAAAGAAGUCACAACUGCAUGUGCAUCAGCGAAUUCACACAGGAGAGAAUCCCUUUAUAUGUACAGAAUGUGGGAAGGUCUUCACUCACAAGACAAAUCUCAUUAUACAUCAGAAAAUUCAUACUGGAGAGAGACCUUAUAUAUGUACUGAAUGUGCAAAGGCCUUUACUGACAGGUCAAAUCUCAUUAAACACCAAAAAAUUCAUACUGGAGAGAAACCCUAUAAAUGCAGUGACUGUGGAAAAUCAUUCACCUGGAAGUCACGGCUCAGGAUACAUCAGAAGUGCCAUACUGGAGAGAGACAUUAUGAAUGCAGUGAGUGUGGGAAAGCCUUCAUCCAGAAGUCAACACUAAGUAUGCAUCAGAGAAUUCAUAGAGGAGAAAAACCCUAUGUUUGCACUGAAUGUGGGAAGGCCUUCUUCCACAAGUCACAUUUUAUUACCCAUGAGAGGAUUCAUACUGGAGAGAAACCUUAUGAAUGCAGUGAUUGUGGGAAAUCCUUCACAAAGAAGUCACAACUCCAUGUACAUCAGCAGAUUCACACAGGAGAGAAACCCUACAGAUGUGCUGAUGAAUGUGGAAAAGCCUUCACUCGGAAGUCAGGCCUCCAUAUACAUCAGCAAUCUCACACUGGAGAGAGACACUAUGAGUGUAGCGAAUGUGGGAAAGCCUUUGCAAGAAAAUCAACACUAAUUAUGCAUCAGAGAAUUCAUACAGGAGAGAAACCCUAUAUUUGUACAGAAUGUGGGAAGUCUUUCAUCCAGAAAUCACAUUUAAAUCGGCAUCGGAGAAUUCAUACUGGAGAAAAACCCUAUGAAUGCAGUGACUGUGGGAAGGCCUUCAUUAAGAAGUCACAACUCCAUGAACAUCAUCGAAUUCACACAGGAGAGAAACCAUUUAUAUGUGCUGAGUGUGGAAAAGCAUUCACCAUCAGAUCAAAUCUUAUUAAACACCAGAAAAUUCAUGCUAAACAGAAACCCUAUAAAGGCAGUGACUUUAGGAAAGCCUUAAACUGGAGGCCACAGCUCAGUAUACAUCAGAAAUCGGAUUCUGGGGAAGUGGAGUGCCCAGCAUCCCAAUCAUGGUGUGGGGAUACACCGUAG